UUGGAAGAGGAGCCUUUGGUGUGGUCUGCAAAGCAAAAUGGCGAGCCAAAGAUGUAGCCAUUAAACAGAUAGAAAGCGAAUCCGAACGAAAAGCCUUCAUCGUAGAGCUUCGACAACUGUCGCGAGUAAACCAUCCCAAUAUUGUCAAGUUAUAUGGAGCCUGUCUAAACCCAGUGUGUCUUGUUAUGGAGUAUGCUGAAGGAGGUUCCCUGUACAAUGUGCUACACGGUGCUGAACCUCUGCCGCAUUAUACUGCUGCCCAUGCAAUGAGUUGGUGUUUACAGUGCUCCCAAGGAGUGGCUUAUCUCCACAGCAUGAAACCAAAGGCUCUAAUUCACAGAGACCUGAAACCACCAAAUUUGCUCUUAGUAGCUGGGGGGACAGUUCUAAAAAUCUGUGAUUUUGGUACAGCCUGUGAUAUUCAAACACACAUGACCAACAACAAGGGAAGUGCUGCUUGGAUGGCACCUGAAGUUUUUGAAGGUAGCAAUUACAGUGAAAAAUGUGAUGUUUUCAGUUGGGGUAUUAUUCUCUGGGAAGUAAUCACCCGUAGGAAACCUUUUGAUGAGAUUGGUGGUCCAGCUUUCCGCAUAAUGUGGGCAGUUCACAAUGGUACUCGGCCACCACUGAUCAAAAACUUACCUAAACCGAUUGAGAGCUUAAUGACCCGUUGUUGGUCCAAGGAUCCUUCACAGCGACCAUCCAUGGAGGAAAUAGUCAAAAUAAUGACACAUUUGAUGCGGUACUUUCCAGGAGCUGAUGAACCUCUGCAGUAUCCUUGCCAGUAUUCAGAUGAAGGCCAAAGCAACUCUGCCACUAGUACAGGUUCAUUCAUGGACAUCACUUCCACAAACACAAGUAACAAGAGUGAUGCUAACAUAGAACCAAGUGACUUUCAAGGAACUUCUACAAAUGACACUAUUAAACGUUUAGAAUCGAAAUUGGCACAGCAAAUGAAGAAUACAGCUAAGCAGCCGGGUGAUCCUGGCCGUUUGAGUUUACCCCCAUCUCGUGGGAGCAGUGUGGAGAGCUUGUCAGAUGUUCGUGGGCGACCACAGUCAGCCCUUGUUUCAGGAGAAGCCAAAAGGAUGAGUGCUGACAUGUCUGAAAUAGAAGCAAGAAUAGCUUCCACCACAGCAGGAAACGGACAGCAGAGGCGCAGAUCCAUUCAAGAUCUCAGUGUUGCUGGAACAGAAUCCAGUCAGGAGAGCAGAAACAGCAGUAGGUCAUCUAGUCCUAGUGUGAGAAUGAUCACUACCUCGGGACCAACCUCUGAAAAGCCAACUCGUAACCCAUGGACACCUGAUGAUGCAGCUGCUCUUGGAGAUAGCAUAGUCUUUGAGGGCAACACCUUAGUUUCUCUACCACGACUACUGUGUGGCAGGUGCUUUUGGGGUAUGGAGACCAAUGGGUCAGAUAACUCCAUCCCAAUGGCGUAUCUUACGUUAGAUCACCAGCUACAGCCUCUAGCACCAUGUCCAAACUCCAAAGAAUCUAUGGCUGUGUUUGAACAGCACUGUAAAAUGGCACAAGAGUAUAUGAAAGUUCAGACAGAAAUUGCAUUGCUGUUGCAGAGGAAACAAGAGCUAAUAGCAGAACUGGACCAGGAUGAAAAAGACCAGCAAAAUACAUCCCGUCUGGUACAAGAACAUAAAAAGCUGUUAGAUGAAAACAAAAGUCUCUCAACUUACUAUCAGCAAUGCAAAAAACAAUUAGAGGUCAUCAGAAAUCAGCAACAGAAACGGCCAGGCACAUCAUGAUUCCCUGGGACCUUUUGAAUGAAAAAAUAUGCACAGAAAAGACUGCCUUUUUUUUUUUAUUAUCCCUUAUUAUGACAACUCAUGAGUGUUAGCUUCUUGGUGUGGUCUGUAUUUGUCUGCUACACUUAUAACAUCGUUUAAUUUUCCUUUUCCUUUGGUGAACGUUCAGUUCAACAGGUUAAUCAAAUCAGGUGAGAAAACAGCGACAGCGACUUGGAUCAACAGCCCUCAACUUAAAGCAAGUGCAGUAAGCAGUGGCUGUAUGCAUGCUCCUUGUGUGAAGGCUAGCCUAACAAGUGUUAAAGCAGCUGCUAACUCGUAAGAUCUUGUAUUUAGUUUUUGGUGUUACCUCGAUAAGAGCAAAACAAAAACUUCCCUGUUCAAAAAUGGUUUUGUUCUAAUGUCUCAUCUCAAACAGAUUUACAGUAGCAGUUCUUUUCAGGAUUUAAACAUGCAGCAAGCUGCAGAGAUGAUGUUGGCUGACCAGAGUAAUUCAUGAUGCAGAAGUGAUGCCUUUUACCUGUAGACGUAGUGUAUUUUUUUUUUCCCCCACAUGCAAAAUGGUAGUCAAACUGAUGCCAGCAUCUUUGGUUCAGUGCUUGAUAGCCCUGCAUUUUUGACAAAUAUGUUUCUUGUAAUCUUGCAUUCAUAAAAUAUUUGAAGUAAAAAGCUGUAUUUUCUUCACUUUCUUUGGGGGGAUAGUGUGUAAUUUCGUCUGAUUACUGGGCAAAGUUAUGGGCAAAAUUUCAUCUGAUCACUAGGCAAAGUUGGUCUCUUGCAUAAAUGAAAGAAAAAUGUGUGGAAAGUGUCUUUAAAACCUUCAAAGCUUUUGUCCUUCUAGCAUCUUUGGAAGGAAGUUGACAAAGACAGGUUUUUAUGAACUUACUGCCUUAAUAUCAUUUAUUGGAUUUUCCUUACAACUUAUUUGCUGAAAAAUACUUACAUAAAUGUGAAUAAAUUUGUUUGGGAUAGGGAGAGAAGGGUGUGGGGAGAUGCAUUUAUUUUAAAUAGUACAUGAUGAAACAGACUUGACUAUGCAAAUAGCGGAAGCUAUUAAGAAAAUGAGGGAAGUGGCUUAGAUCUCUAUCAGGAAUC